AUGUUCUCCCUUGAUCCUCCAUUACCAUUCGCCUACGACCUCAUUUCACUCUCAUUUAUUGCCGCUAUUCUCCUCCUCUGCUUCCUCUCUCUCGCCUUCAUCUUCCACCUCCGCCUCAAAUCCCGCUUCUAUCGCCAUUUGCACAGCUUCAAUUCUCUCUGGACCGUCCGAUUUCUCCUCGUCUCUUUCAUCACUCUCUGGGCCCUAAACGAAAUCCUCCGAUUACCCUUCUUCCGCUUCCAGUAUCUCUACCCAUUCUUGCCAUCUCCCACAUUAGAUCAACAAACCCGGGUCUGCAAAAUCCACGUUGUUCUCUCUUUAGGCUUCUUCGAACCCGGUUUCUUGAUUUCACUGCUAUUCCUCGUCAAUGUGUCUGUCAAUAAGGAGAAACCGCGAGGCACUUGGGCUCUUCUGUUGGUGCUCUCCACCUGUUUGCCAAUUCUCCUCUUACAGACCUUGUUUAUGUUUUUCUCGGGAUGGGAGCUACAAUUUUUACCGGAGAUUUUUCAGCGAAGUUCGAUGGUUUACAAGUCGACAAUCGGCGAUGAGACGGUGCUCUGCGCAUACCCUUUGGUGGGUACCGUGGUUUUUGGUGGUUUCGUGGUCGUUUACGGGAUGUGGUUCUCGAUGUCGUGUUUGAGAUUGGUAUCUCUAGUAAUUAACAAGGGUUUGAGGGUGAGAAUAUACGUACUUGCAAUAACGGUCAUGGUAGCGCUGCCAUUGCAGACUCUGUUGCUUGGGUUGUCCGUUUUGUGGACGCCGGACCAGGCGGUGUACGGUGGGGUUGUGCUGAUGGUUUUUCUUAGCACGUUGAUUUGUACGGCGGUGGGACAGGGGUUUUUGGUGAUUAGACCGAUCACGGACUCUUUGGCUGUGGGUGGGUGCUGUCGGCGGUUGACUUGGGGUGAACAUUCAGGGCCUGAAAGUCGGGUGCAGGCUGUUGGUGGUUUAUGA